AUGGCCGACCUCCAUAUCUAUUACUCACCCUACCCGAACAUUAAGGUGCCAACCACCCUUUCUGUCUCCCAGUUCCUCGUUCAAACGAAUCCGGAUGACGUGUCACCGGAGAAAGUCAUUUGGCAAGACUUUGGCGAUGAAGAUCAGAAGGUCACAUACGCUGGGCUUCGAUCCAACGCUGCCUUCGAUGCGGCAUGUCUGAGGGAGAUGCUGGGCCUGAAGUAUCCUCGUGACAUUCGCAACGCUGCGGUUAAUCCCAUGUAUCCGUUCGGCAUAUCGAAUGGCGACAAUACCAAAAUACCGGCAGGCAUGUGCUUCAGCUCCGGCACGUCUGGCAAGCCCAAGGCGGUCGUUUUAUCUCACCACAACCUCAUCGCGCAACUCCUCAGCGUGCGGGCAACAAACCCCUUCACCCACACCUCGACCAGCCGUGAGCCUUUCUUCCCCUCGUUUGCACAUAUUUAUGGCAUUGUAUCCGGUGUUCUAGCACCCGCCUGGAUCGGCAAUUACGUGCAACCGAUGAGACGGUUUGAGUAUCAUCCUUAUCUCCAAAGAGCCGCUGAGCUGAAGGCCAACAUACUGCGCCUUGUGCCUGCGACGGCUGUGAGGAUGACCAAAGACCCAGAGAUUAAGAAUCUUGAUUUGAGUGCCGUUCACACCAUCAUGUGCUCUGACUCACCGUUAUCCAGAGAUACGAUUGUGGCACUCCAACAAAUCUUAAACCCAGAAGCAAUAGUUCUCAACGGCUACGGCAUGAGCGAGGCAACCGUGACGCUCCUCCGCAACACUCGCGGUGGUCAAAAAGGUGCCAGCGUCGGAAAGCCAGCUGCGGGCAUGGAGGUCCGCAUAGUGGACGAAAAUUACAACGAUGUCCAAGAGGGCGUGGAUGGAGAGUGCCUCAUUAGAGGGCCGUCAGUGUUCAUGGAGUACAAGAACAACGAAGCUGAGACUGCGGCAGCAUUUAAGGGUGGAUGGAUGUGUACUGGCGAUAUUGUUCAUGUCGACCAGGACGGUUAUUUUUGGCUCACCGGUCGAAAGAAGGAACUCAUCAAGUACAAGGGCCAUCAAAUUGCCCCAGCGGAGCUCGAAGAAGUGCUCCUUUCCCAUCCCUCCGUCUCAGAUGCUGGUGUUUGUGGCGUGAGGGACAAGGCUACGCAGGAAGAACUCCCAGUCGG